UAGUUCGAGUCACGCGUUUUGACUUUCUUGCUGCGAACCUCCACCAUCCCCUGACACUACUAGGAUUUGCAGACAAGUACUACUACAUUCAAGAACAACAUCUUUCUUUUCUUGAUUUUCUAGCAUAAUGAUGCAGCCUACACCCGCACUGACAUCACCUCCAGGCUCACCAGAACCGAUUCACGAUGGAGAAACUGCACCCUACCCACCUCCCCCGCAAAACAAUGGCAGUGCUCCCUUUUCAGUACUAGCCGGGCUAUUUGAGAAAUUAUCGACAGAAAGAAAGCCCGAACGAAGACGGCGACUCUUAGAUGUCUGGUUCAACCAUUGGAGAGAAGAAAUUGGACAUGAUCUUUAUCCCGUUCUCCGCCUGAUCCUUCCACAGAAAGACCGUGAGCGCGCUGUGUAUGGCCUGAAGGAGAAGAACCUUGCCAAGACCUACAUCAAACUGAUCCCACUCGGCAUAAGAGAUCCGGAUGCAAUCCGCUUGCUCAACUGGAAGAAGCCCACCGAAAAAGAUAAGAGCUCUGGCGACUUCCCCACAGUUUUGUACGAGGUUGUGAGCAAGCGGUCCUCCGUCGUCGAGGGAAGCCUGUCGGUCCAUGAUUUGAACGAAGUCCUGGAUGACUUGUCCAAGAACAUGGGCAAGCAGGACAUUCAGUCCAGAAUUCUUCAGCGUAUUUACAAUCGUGCUACUGCUGAGGAACAGCGAUGGAUUGUACACAUAAUUUUGAAAGACAUGGUUAUUUCUGUGAAGGAAACGACUGUCUUUGGCGUGUUCCAUCCAGAUGCACAAGAUCUAUUCAACAUCUGUUCCGACCUCAAGAAGGUUGCUUGGGAGCUAUGGGAUCCUUCAAGGAGGUUGAAUGCUGAGGACAAAUCCAUUCAAUUGUUCCGUGCAUUCGCACCGAUGCUGUGUAAAAGACCAACCCAUAAGAUCGAGGAUUCGGUGAAAGAAAUGCAAGGACAUAAAUUCAUCAUCGAAGAGAAACUUGAUGGCGAGCGCAUGCAGCUGCACAAGCGCGGAAAUGAAUACUUUUACUGUUCGAGGAAAGGAAAGGAUUACACUUACUUGUACGGACAGCAUGUCGGGCAGGGCAGUUUGACUCCUUUUAUCGACUCUGCGUUCGACGAACGGAUCGAUGAUAUCAUUCUCGAUGGAGAAAUGCUAGUCUGGGACCCCGUUUCUGAACGUAACUUGCCAUUUGGUACCUUGAAGACAGCUGCACUUGACAAAUCGAAGAAGGAGCACAAUCCCAGACCAUGCUUUAAGGUUUUUGACCUCCUCUAUCUCAAUGGCAUGUCCCUCCACCAGAAGUCGCUCAAGUUCCGCAAACGCAACCUGCGCGCAUGCAUCAAAGAGAUUCCAGGCCGCAUUGAAUUCACCGCGGAGUUCGAAGGCAAGACCGCCAAAGAUGUUCGGCAGAAGAUGGAUGAAGUCAUGGCGUCAAGAGGGGAAGGCCUCGUGAUCAAACAUCCUGACUCCGAGUACAUCUUAAACGGAAGAAACAAGGAUUGGAUUAAGGUUAAGCCGGAAUAUAUGGACAACAUGGGCGAGACCGUGGACGUGUUAGUAGUCGCUGGCAAUUAUGGCACUCGAAAACGUUCGGGAGGUGUUUCGACACUCAUCUGCGCAGUCCUCGACGACCGGCGCCCGGAAGGGGAUGAAGAACCGAAGUACAGCACCUUCGUCAGAGUGGGCACGGGCUUGUCAUUUGCAGACUAUAUCUGGCUCAGACAAAAGCCUUGGAAAGUAUGGGAUCCAAAACAUCCCCCAGAAUUUCUACAAACUGCAAAAAAGGCAUACGAAGACAAAGGCGACUUGUAUCUGGAACCAGAGGAUUCGUUCAUACUGAAGGUCAAGGCGGCUGAAAUCACGACUUCAGAUCAGUAUCAUUUGGGCGUUACAAUGAGGUUUCCUCGAGCUUUGUUAAUUCGCGACGACUUGUCCAUUGCAGAUUGCAUGACUGCAUCAGCUGUUCUCGAGAGCAUGCGUUCCGAGCGUAAAAGAAAGAUGGAAAGUGAUGCUGGCAUGUCCAAGAAGAAGCGAAAGACGACGGCAAAGAAGGCAACUGUCCUACCACAAUACCAAGGACCUGAUCUACGUGCAGUCGAGAUUGAGUCAGACCUAUUUGAGGAUAUGAAAUUUAUGGUGUCGUCAGACCCAAAAUCACGAACAGGCAACCAAGACCGUCAACAACUGAUGAAAUUGAUCCAUGCCAAUGGAGGUAGCUGCGUACAGGUUGUUACAUCCAAACAGCCUAUUACAGUCAUUUAUGGAGGAAUGACAACGCCUUACGACAUUAAGCUAUUGAUUGACAAGAACAGUGUCGACAUCAUCAGACCUCAGUGGAUCACGGAUUGUAUAAACCGAGGAGAACUCGUUCCUCUCAAAAAGAAGUACUUCUUUCACGCAACCCUAGCACGUCAAGAAUCCGACGAUUAUCAUCAGCUGGACACUGAUGAGGACCAGGAAAUGACUGAUGGAACUGUAAAGGAAGACGCGAGCCUGAAAAUUCCAAUCACCCCAGAAGGCUUCGAGCCGAAACUCGAAGAAACUAAGGACAUUGAUCCUGAACUUGUGGACUGGUUUCAAGUCGACGCCAAGCCUGCCGUUCCAGAAGACAGCGAAACGGAGGAAGAGUCUGAUGCAGAUUCGAACAACGAUGAUGUCAAAGAGGAAGAUGUUGAUGAUGAGUGGUUCCGAGUACCAGAAGUGCCCCGCAGUCCCGCUGUUAAGCCCCUUGAUGACAACUCGUCUACCACGCUUCAUUCACAGUCACAGAACAUGACAAUGGGGGAAGACGACCAAGCGAGGGAGUAUGAUACAACAGCAAUAUUCAAGCAUCUUUGUUUUUACCUUGACUCGCCGGGCAAUGCGCGGGGAAACGGAAUGCCGGUGAAAACCAAGUAUGAACAGGAGAUCUCCACCACCUUCGACCAGGUUUCAAGAAGCAUUCGGGAGAACGGUGGAAAGAUAGUUGCACUUGACGAUCCAAAGCUCACGCAUGUUGUCUUGGACAAGCGAGAUGACUCACGUCGACUGACACUCAUACAGCGUACCUCGAGGUAAGUGCUCACAUACAACCUUGUCAUAUAUAACUGAGGCAAAUCUUAGACCUAAACGACGCCGAUUGGUGAUAUCCGAUUAUGUGACAGCUUGUUUAGAAGAAGAAUCGUUGCUUGAUGAGGAAG